CUACUAGAUCAGUCACAGUACUCUUCGAUGUGCUCAUACCUUACUUACCUUUAGGAGUUAUAUUUUGAUUGAAUUGGACAAGAAGCCAAGACCAUGGAACGAUUGCGCUCCUCGCAAAGCCGCGAAGUGCGAAUCGGCAACUACAAGGUGGUGCGCAAGAUCGGCUGCGGAUCCUUUGGCGACAUCUACCUGGGCAUCUACAUCCACAGCGGCGAGCGGGUGGCCAUCAAGGUGGAGAGCAGCAAGGUGCGCCAUCCGCAGCUGAACUACGAGAGGCGCAUCUACCGCGCCCUGCGGCCCGCACCCGGACUGCCGCGGAUUCGGUACUUCCACAAGGAGCAGCACUACCAGGCGAUGGUGAUGGACCUGCUCGGUCCGUCGCUGGAGAGGCUCUUCCAGUUCUGCGAGCGCGCCUUCACCAUCAAGACCGUGCUGCUGCUGGCCGAGCAGAUGCUGCGCCGGGUGGAGUACGUCCAUAACCGGGGCUUCCUGCACCGCGACAUCAAGCCGGACAACUUCCUGAUGGGCCUGGGCACCAUGUCCAAGCAGGUGUACCUCAUCGACUUCGGGCUGUCCAAGAAGUUCCUGGACAUAACCACCGGUGUGCAUAUACCGUAUCGCGAGGAGCGCUCGCUCACGGGCACCGCCCGCUACGCCUCCAUUGGCGCCCAUGCGGGCGUCGAGUCCGCCCGGAGGGAUGACAUGGUGGCCGUGGGCUAUGUGCUCAUGUACUUCAAUCGGGGCUCGCUGCCGUGGCAGGACUUGAAGGCGUCCACCAAGCAGCAGAAGUACGAGCGCAUACACGAGAAGAAGAUCUCGGUGAGCAUCGAGGUCCUUUGCGAGGGCUUUCCCUGCGAGUUCACCAUGUACCUUAACUACUGCCGCGGCAUGGGAUUCUACGACCAGCCCGACUACGACUUCUUCUGCCGCAUGUUCAGGAUGCUGCGGAAUGGACUCAACCUGCGGCCGGGGCUCAUCUACGACUGGGACAUGCUGAUGAUGAAGUUCCACAACACGCAGAAGAAUCCUGGCAUCGGAAUGCGCGUGUUUCCGCCCAAACAGAAGGAGGACGACGGCGUCAGCGGCGAGCCGAUCAUCAAGGAUGAGAAGUGCAACUUCUGGCCGUGAAAAACCGUAGCUUCAAAUUGUGUGAAAUGUAUAAAUUGAUAGUUGCAGCAAAUUGAUUAGUGCUUAGCCUGAAACGAGCAUUACAGGCAUAUGCUCGCUUAAAUAACACAUUUUCAAAUUGCACGUGUGAAUAAUGAAUUGCAGAAGUAUAA